AGUUGAGGGGGUUCUGGAAACAAAAAUACUGACAUUUUUGCCUUGACGUGAUCUCGGUGAUGUCGUGUAAAAAAAGGACGGUGAAUCGGUGACUUGAGCCCCCACACGACUCAAGAAAAGAGUCGAGUCUACCUCAAGACUGCCAAAGUCAUGCGGUGAACCACUGAUGUUGUGCUUUCGUGACGCUGAAAUUAGUAAAUCUCAUGUUGAGGACCCAACUUCUCACCGCUGGCUGAAUACACGAUGGUAAUGAAUGAACAGCAGAGCUUCAUUUGGAAAUCGAGCUGAGGAAAGAUUUUACAAUUCUAAAUAGCUCCUGGCUGACCUGCUCCAGCUGGAAUAUUUAUUAGAUUUUCUGGCUCAACUUCAGACUGAUCACACAGUGGAUGGUGAUGCGGAAAGCCAGCUGAGGAGAUUGUUUGAACGCUUGUGGCAGCAGGUGUUGACUUUGUCUGGCAGAAAGUACAUCCUAAGAAUUUCCUGCUUGCUUUGGGCUUCAGACUGGUCACACGGUGCGAUUGGAUGGUGAUGCGGAAAGCCAGCUGAGGAGAUUGGAGUUUGAACGCUUGUGGCAGCAGCUGUUGACUUUGUCUUGCAGAAAGUACAUGCUAAGAAUUUCCUGCUUGCUUUGGGUGAAGCUUGUGCGCUCACCACGAAUGGUAUAUUAUUAGUUGCAUCGCAUGGGCUAAUUCUCAUAGAAUGGUUUUCUUCUGCCAAGAAGAUUUUGUGAGAUUGCUCCCAUCAAUUGUUUCAGAUUCUUGAGAAUGAGAAUUGAUACUAGAAAAGCGUGAGCAUACUCUGGACACCAUCGAACAUCUUGGCCAGCCAUUGAGUGAAGAUGAGUGGUUUGGCGGUAGGUGCUGAGUUGGCGGACGACACGUUUGAGGUGGUAACCACCGAGGACUGUAUGCCCUGUUUGACCGGUUGUGACGGUCCGGAGGCGGAGACGUGUCUGGCCGGAGAGGUUGACUCCGUCGCCGGUGAUUUCCUAGUGGCCUGCUUCAAGGGAGACAUUGUACAAGUACGCGAGUUUCUUGAGGACGGCAUAUCACCAAAUGCCGUAUCCACAUAUUGUCAAUCGUCACCUAUUCACCUAGCAGUGCAAGGUGGUUAUAGUGACAUCAUCUCCGUAUUGGUCAGAGCUGGAGCCAAUGUCAAUGUCUACAAUGAGGAAGGCCGGCAUCCUCUUCACGAAGCGUCCAUACAAGGCAGACCGCAUAUUGCCUCUCUGCUAGUCGAGUGUGGUGCUAACGUCAAUGCCCAUACACAGGAGCUUGGCGAAACAGCGUUGCACCUCGCCAUUCAGUGGAGAGAGAAGCGUGUCAUGCAGGCCCUUCUCAAGCACAACGCUGACUGGAGUGCGUUGGAUAAGUUUGGACGUACUCCUCUACACUGGGCGGCCCGAUUUGCAAACGUACCCGCCACCAGAGUGCUGCUGCAGUAUGGAGCAUCCAGCAUUUUACGAGAUAAGACUGGCGAUAGUCCUCUGUACAUUGCAGCAUCUUUACAGCACAUCAAUGUUGUGACAGCUAUGUUGCAAGCGACGUCUCAGAAUUUGAGCUCGGCAUCUUUGCCUUGCAAGCUGUGCCUACGAUCGAUCAAUGCGGCCCUGCUCAAGGAUCAUCUUCAAGUAUGCAACGCAAUUGAUUUACCAGCAGCUGACGAGCAGCCUGAUAUCACAACGCUACUAUCACAGCACCGGGCAUCGCUGUGCAAGACGAGAAGCACUGCCCUGUGCAGAAUUCAGAUCCGCCGAGACCAUGCCUGGGAGGAUGCACUGGCCUUCUACCGACAGCGCUGGACAGCUGCGGACUUGGCCAGGGAACCCAAAGUGACGUUUGUUGGAGAGCCAGGCAUUGAUGCCGGUGGUCCGCGUCGAGAUUUCUUUCGUAUCGUUGCCAGCGUGGCGUCGACGGAAGCCUCGCUGCUGUUGGAGGGCCAGUCAGGUCAUCUGCUGCCUCGACACAAUGUGCAGGCUCUGGAGACCGGUCUGUUCUCAGCGCUCGGUUGUCUCGUAGGGCAUUCAAUCAUCCACGGAGGACCGGGUCUUCCCAUCUUCUCCAAGGCAGUGUUUGAUUUCCUAUGCCUGGAGUCGAAUGCUUCAUCGUCCGCUGGCGUGCAGAUGCAACUCAUGCUGGAUGAUGUCAUCGACGAGCGGUUACGUGAUGUCAUGACUAAGCUUUCAUCUGCGUCAGAGGCUGAGUUCCAGGCCCUCCUUACUGAGGACGAGUCAGUCAAGUCUCAGCUCUUUGCGUCCGGCUACUGCCGACCACUGUCCAAGUGCUCUGCGCCUAAAGACGGCGCUGCAAUGCUGCACUGCUUACUCUAUCAUGAGAUUAUUCUGCGUCGCAAGGCUGAACUGGAUCAGUUCCGCUUGGGUUUGGCACAUCUGGGCUUGGAUGAGAUCAUACGCCGCUAUCCUCAGUUGAUGAUGCCGUUUUUCGUGGAGGAUGCACUGUCGUCUGGCCUCAGUGUGGACGAUAUUGUCGGUCUCUUACAGCCCGUGUUCCCAAGACUCAAUCAGAGAACUGAGCAGGGCAAGGCAUUACUCAGCAUGUGCCAACGGGUCUACGCAGGCUUUCAUCGCUUCUUGCAACUCUGCCAAGAUGAUAAGGAGUUUGGCGUGUCACUCGGUGAUGUCCUUGUGUUCCUCACCGGCUCUGAAACGAUACCCGCGGGGGGCUUUGGUCAACCGAUCAGCGUCUUCUUUGUCGAGUCGCAAACGCGGGACAGGGAAGACGAGCCCCACACGGGUAGUCGCGUAUACCGCCUUCCGUGUGUGUCGACCUGCUCUUUAACCGUGACAUUGUUCCAUCCCAGCCCCACUGCAUCAGAUGUUGAUGAAUCCGUGUUGAUGUUUACCUUGAAAACUGCCAUUGUCGAGUCGAAGGACUCUUAUGGACGAGCGUAGCAAAUUUGCGAUCAUUUCAUUAGAGUAUCCUAUUCUGCUCUUGCACCCGGUGCCUGAAUAUCUUCUUUAUCAUUGACCGACAGAAUGUUAUUUGCAAUGGUAGCAAUAUUGGUAGACACUGAUCUUUUAAGAACAAUUUCUUCAUUUGACCUGUCUGGUUCAUAUCAAAAUUCUGAUACAUAGGUGGUGUCCGGGCUGUAGCCCGAUAGCUUGAUUUGCUACAUAUGACUUUAAGAAGACUACAUGAGCAGGCUUAGCUGAGCAUCUGAGCGUCCCUGAUGCUUGCUUCACUGGCUGCUAUAUUCCUACUUGUAACUCCCUCCGAGCAGAUGUGUGUGCUGUGCAUAUUGCUGAUGUCAUGGACUAAUUUACUCGCCAUGUCUUAUUGCUGCUGAUGGAUCUGAUGCUGGUCAUUGAUUUCUUCUAUUCUAACUUUUUUUUCUCUCAGAACUAGACUGACUGUAUAGUUGACAUCUCUAUGCAGGAAUAAUUUACGAUAACCGCA